AUGGAGUCGGUCAAGAGUGAUUCUCCAGACAUGACGGCCGCGAUCAUACCGCUACCUGCAUACCGCCAUAAUGCAAAGAACUGGUUCUUGCAGGUAGAAUCGAAUUUUUCCAUGUUACGAAUCACUUCGCAGCGAGCUAGAUUUGCAAACGUGAUGCAGAAACUCCCAUCCGAUAUGAUGGACGAAAUUUCUGAUGUCCUCUCCGAUUUGCGCGAACACGAACCGUACAAUCACUUAAAGGAAGCGAUCCUCAAGCGUACCGAGCGUUCCGAGGAGGACAUGAUUCAAGCGAUUCUACGAAACGUCACCAGCUUCUCGGGUGCAGCCAUCAGUGUGGUACCCUAUCAGAACGACCACACCGCUAAGCCCAUCCUGCUCAAACUACGAACUGCGAAUGGUUCCGCAAUAGACACCUACGGAGAAAGGACCCUUACUCUGAACAUCGGCAUGCGACGUGAUUUCACUUGGACAUUCACCGGAGCCAACGUGAAACCCAUCCUCGGCGCGGAUUUCCUGCCGCAUUACGCACUAGCGGUCCAUAUGAACCCCAGGACCCUAUCCGACACAACUACGAAUCCCCGUGUCUUAGAUUCGCCUACACGUCGCAGCACCAUGGUCGCGAGGAAUUCGUCAAGUGCUACGCUUCUGUACGAUAGUCGUAUCACUACACCGAUUGGUCCUGUUUACCGACCCGACGAAUUUUCGUUCGUCACCAAUCAACCAGCUGCUGUCCCCGACAAAUCUCCCAUCCGGCAGUCGACCAGCUACCACCGCCGAUCAACUCUACACUCGUUUCGCCGAUACAACCGAAUCAACUUCCCCUGA